AUGCCGAACAGGUCGAACCAUUCUCCUAGUUUUUUCCUUUUGCUCACAAUACUCUCUUCGAUUUCGACAAAAUUUCCAGGUCCAUCUAAUUCUCCUUUCGUUGAACGCUGGGAAAAGAAAGAAAAAAAGUAUAUCAGCAUUGAUCGGCCAGAAGUCGUGAAACUCUACAACCACUCUAUGGGUGGUGUAGAUCUUUUUGACCAAUUGAUAAGUUAUUACAGGAUUUUUAUAAAAUCUAAGAAGUGGACACUGCGAGCAAUUUUCCAUGCUGUAGAUUUUGCAGUUGUACAGAGUUGGUUGGAAUACAGAACAAGUGCCAAAGCCAUUGGUGUACAACAGAAUAAAAUAAUGGAUCUCCUGCAUUUUCGUAUGAGACUGGCUUAUGUCCUGGUUAUGAGUGGUAAGGAAAUUUCCAGCAGAAAAAGAGGUCGACCAUCUGCCACAUCUCCAGAGACUUCUAAUCAAAGACGACGAGGAGAAACCAGACCUCCUGAAGAAAUUCAGUUUGAUGGAAUUGAUCAUAUGCCUCUUCACGAAAACGCUGCUUUGCCUAGCAGAUGCAAAUUUCCAAAGUGCAAAGGACGUUCUCGAGUAAAAUGUGAAAAAUGUGGGGUUCACCUUUGUUUAUCAAAGGAAAAAAAUUGCUUUCGUGCAUUCCAUGUAAAGUAACUGUGUUUAUUAUUUCUAACAGAUUACAAUAUAAACUCAAAAGCAUAGUUAAUAUUGUGUAUGUGUGAAUUAGUUGUAUUGAUUAUAAUAAAAAGUUCACAAUUUACGAUAUUGUGUAAAAAUAUUAUUCUGUAUGUUUAUGAUUUCAAUGUGAUUCAAUAUAGGUCGUG